UGUAAAAAUACAGCUCAUGUACCCUUUGGCUGUUAGUAUUAGGCAGAUUGAAGUUCUCUCCGUUAAGGAAAGUAAUAAUUCUACAUUCUAGAAUAUUCCCGAGUCGUGAGCUUUGUGGCCAGGGGGCAGCAACAAGUGAGACGGUUAACUGUCAUCCAUCGUUGCACACAGUUCAAGUAGAAGGAAUAUCUCAUGUGUUAAAUGGAGGCUCUUUUGAACUGCAAACCUGAAGAUUUGGAAGAUUAUUACGGCCUAUUGGGAUGCAAUGAAUUGUCAUCGACUGGCCAAAUUCUCAAUGAAUACAAAAUCAGAGCCUUGGCAUGCCACCCAGACAAACACCUAGACAACCCCAAAGCAGUGGCUGAAUUUCAAAAGCUGCAGGAAGCCAAAGAGGUUUUAUGCAAUGAUGCCAAAAGAACAAACUAUGAUUUUUGGAAAAGAAGCGGAGUUGCUAUCCCAUUCCAUGACUGGCAAGCUCUAAAUGACUCUGUUAAGACUUCAAUGCACUGGGCUAUGAGAAAAAAAGAAGAACCAAUGUUGGAGGCUGCCAAGGUAGAAACACAAAUGACAACUCAUGAAGAUGACCUUCAUUGUGAGCAGGAAGCACCAAAGAUGUGUGAAGCAAUGCUAUCAACUGAUUACUGCCAUCGCCGUUUCCGCUGGGCUGCUGAUUCACCAUCAAGUCUGCUGCAGAAGUUCAGAAACUAUGAAAUUUGAAUAUUUCACAUCCUUUUAAUAUUGUGUACAUGAGUGGUCUGGCUGUAAUGUAAUUCGAUGUGUAAAGUGGAAAUGUUAGGUGUGGAAUCUUACCAGAUGUUAUGAAUAUGUUGACUGUUUUGCUGUGAUUUUGUGGUCUUCUAAAAUGUAUUCACUUCCGUCUGCAUCAUUAUCAAAAUGCGGGGACCCUUUUCUUGUCCUAUUUAGUUUUUGCUGUAAAUGACUCGCUGUAAGUUCAAUAACACCGUUGACGUGCAUUAUGUUUUUUAUCCAGCUGCUAUGUUAACCUCUAAAGGUGUUGUCUGAAAAGCUCUGUGCUUUUCAGAAUUGUAUGUAUUCACAAAAUCUAAUUUUAAACCAGGAACAUUUAAUGCUUUACUAAUUAUAGUUUUCAUAAAUAACUAACAUGUGAAAGCUUAGUUGAAACUAACUCUAACACUACCAAGAUUACCUUGGACCUUAGCUAUGUGUAUAUACACUCUCAAAAAUAGAGGUAUAAGCUAGAGAUGUCCAAUAAUAUCGGCCGACCGAUAGAUGCGUUAAAAUGUAAUAUCGGAAAUGAUCUGUAUCGGUUUUUUAAAUUAUCGGUAUCGUUUAAAAAAAAAAGUUUUUUUAUUUUUUAUUUUUAUUAAAUCAACAUAAAAAACACAAGAUACACUUACAAUUAGUGCACCAACCCAAAAAACCUCCCUCCCCCACUCAUUCACACAAAAGGGUUGUUUCUUUCUGUUAUUAAUAUUCUGGUUCCUACAUUAUAUAUCAAUGUAUAUCAAUACAGUCUGCAAGGGAUACAGUCCGUAAGCACACAUGGUUGUGCGUGCUGCUGGUCCACUAAUAGUACUAAUCUUUAACAGUUAAUUUGACCCAUUUUCAUUAAUUAUUAGUUUCUAUGUAAUUGUUUUUAUAUUGUUUUACUUUCUUUUUUAUUCAAGAAAAUGUUUUUAAUUUAUUCAUCUUAUUUUAUUUUAUUACUUUUUUUUAAAAGUACCUUAUCUUCACCAUACCUGGUUGUCCAAAUUAGGCAUAAUAAUGUGUUAGUUCCACGACUGUAUGUAUCGGUUGAUAUCGGUAUCGGUAAUCAAAUAGUUGGAUGAUAUUGGGAUAUCGGAUAUCGGCAAAAAGCCAUUAUCGGACAUCCCUAGUAUAAGCCAACAUUUCUGUAUAGGUACAUUUUGUUCUCUCUGAAGUACAAUAUUGCUGUGAAGGGGAAAUAUAUUUUAAUACUACCAAAAAGGUGGCGGUGACUUCCUUAUCCCGCAUAAGUACACCAUUUAAGAGCUGUGAUUGGAUACAUUCCGAAUUUGUCCCACCCGACAAGACUACAGGUAAAUUAAAUUUGAUUAGAUUUUGUUUCUGUUAA